AUGGCCGGCGUUAUCCAACCUAACAACGCCGCGGCGGACGGCGCCGUCACCACCAGCGAGCUGACUUCGGCUGAGGUCAAGAACAACAAGACCUCCGGAGGCAACGCGGCUUUCCACAACUUCAACAACGACUUCGCUCACGUCGCCGAUGCCAACGAGCGUCGCCGUCUUGCGCUCGCCGAGAUCGACAAGGCCCCCUUCGGCUGGUACCAUGUCCGCGCUAUCAUUGUUGCCGGUAUUGGUUUCUUCACUGAUUCGUACGAUAUCUUCACCAUUGGUCUCGUCACGAGCAUGUUGGGCAUCGUGUACUACGGCGGCACCCUCCCCGCGGAGAACGACACUGCGAUCAAGGUUGCAACCAGUGCCGGAACUGUCGUCGGACAACUGGGAUUCGGUAUUCUCGCUGACAUCGUCGGCCGUAAGAAGAUGUAUGGCGUUGAGCUUAUCAUCAUCAUCUUCGCGACCAUCGCCCAAGCUCUCUCCAGCGGCUCUCCCUCAGUCUCCAUUACCGGUCUCAUGGUUUUCUGGCGUAUCAUCAUGGGUGUCGGUAUCGGUGGUGACUACCCCCUUUCCGCUAUCAUUACUUCUGAGUUCGCCACUACCAAGUGGAGAGGAUUCAUGAUGAAUGCCGUCUUCGCCAACCAGGGUUUCGGCCAGCUUGCCGGUGGCUUGAUGAUGCUCAUCGUCACCGCUGGUUUCAAGGGCUCUCUGUCCACUGCUACCAAGGCUGCUACUUGCGCUACUACUGAGCCUUGCUUGAUCGCCGUUGACAAGAUGUGGCGUACCAUGAUUGGCUUUGGCGCUGUUCCCGGCUGCCUGGCUCUCUACUUCCGCCUCACCAUCCCCGAGACCCCCCGUUACACUUUCGAUGUCGACAACGAUGUUCAGAAGGCCGAGGGUGACGUCGAUUACUACAAGCAAGGAAAGUGGGGUGAGGCCGAAGUUGAUGAGGCUGCCCGCGUCGCUGCUCGUGCGCAGGCCAAGCAGGAGCUUGAGGUCCCCAAGGCCUCGUGGUCUGACUUCUUCCGUCACUACAGCCACUGGAAGAACGGAAAGGUUCUUCUUGGUACUGCUGGUUCCUGGUUCAUGCUUGACGUCGCAUUUUACGGUCUUGGCUUGAACAAUGCCAUCAUUCUCAACGCUAUCGGAUGGUCCGGCGGCGCGGACAUGUACCACUCGUUCUACCGUACCGCUGUUGGCAACCUCAUCUUGGUUCUGGCCGGAGCUGUUCCUGGAUACUGGGUUUCCGCUGCCUUGAUCGACACGAUCGGCCGCAAGCCCAUCCAGCUGUUUGGUUUCUUUGCUCUUACGCUCCUCUUCUGCGUUAUCGGAUUUGACUUCUGGAACCUUUCCGGUGGUGCUCUGAUGGCCCUGUACACCCUGGCUCAGUUCUUCUUCAACGCCGGCCCCAACUCCACGACCUUCAUCGUUCCCGGAGAGUGCUUCCCCACUCGCUACCGCUCUACCUCCCACGGUAUCUCUGCUGCUUCCGGAAAGAUCGGUGCCAUCAUUGCUCAGGUCGUCUUCGGUCCUCUCCGCACCAUCGGCGCCAACUCGACGCUCGCCAAGACUGACCCGAGAUGGAGCACCCCGUGGUUGAACCACAUCAUGCAGAUCUUUGCUCUGUUCAUGCUUCUCGGUUUCUGUACCUCUUGGUUGAUUCCCGAGACUGCUCGCAAGACUCUUGAGGAGCUUUCCGGAGAGGAUGACCUUGCCACCAGCGCCAUCCCCGUCCAUGGACACAACGAGGAGAAGCGUGCCGAGGAGGGCACCGUUGCCGGAUCUGUUUAA